AUGGGUGGUGCAAGGGGAAGUAAGGUUCUGAUAACCACCCGCACCAAAUUAGUUGCAACUGUUUCAGGGGCAAAUUCAUUGUAUCCUUUAGAAGGCUUGUCUAAGAAAGAGUCUUGGUCCCUUUUUAAGCAAAUGGCUUUUAAAGAAGAGAACGAGUUGCAGAAUGCAUGUCGAGUGGAAAUUGGAAAAGAAAUUGUGAAGAAGUGUGCAGGAGUUCCUUUAGCCAUUAGGGUAUUAGGAAGCCUAUUAUAUUCCAGAGACACAAAGGAGGAGUGGUUGAGUUUCAGAAAUAAAGAUAUGCCAAAAAUAGCUCAAGAUGAGAAUAUUGUUCUACCAAUAUUAAAGUUGAGCUAUGAUCACUUUCCCUGGCAUCUAAAGCAAUGCUUUGCAUUUUGUUGCUUCUAUCUUAAGGAUCAUGUAAUUGAUAAGCAACAAUUGAUUCAAUUGUGGUGUGCACAUAGAUUUAUCGGGUUGUCAAAUGAAAAUCAAGAAAUGGAGGAUGUUGGAGAUUUGUAUUUUAUAGAGUUAUUAAGAAGGUCCUUUUUUCAAGAUGAGAGAAUAGACGAAUUUGGUAAUAUAAUAAGUUGUAAAAUGCAUGAUCUUAUACAUGAUGUUGCAGUUUUAGUUGCCAAAAGUGAGAGUUUGAUGGUAAAUUUGAGCACAAAAGAAGUUCCUCCAAGAAUCCAUCAUGUGUCGAUUGAUUUGCCAUCUUUAAAUGAUAGACCAUGGGAAAUUCCAGCCCCGUUGCUUGGAGCUAUCGGAAUAAGAACAUUUUUUUGGCCGGCUCAAGGUUAUUAUUCAACAGUUUCAUAUGAUGUGGAACGGGAGAAUUCAGUUUAUGCAAAAAUUGUUUCCACCUUUAAAAGGUUACGGGUGUUGGAUCUGCACAAAUUGGGGUUCCAAACGGUGCCAAGUUGCAUAAGUAAGCUAACACAUUUAAGGUAUCUUGAUCUCUCUGGUAAUUCUGGUAUCAAGACACUGCCAAAUUCUAUAACCGAGUUGCCAAAUUUGCAAACCCUAAAACUUAGCCAUUGUGAAAGCCUGGAACGAUUGCCAAGAGAGAUUAGAAAAUUGGUGAGGCUUAGGCAUCUCGAGAUUGAUGGUUGCCAUGGAUUGAGUGAUAUGCCGCGUGGACUGGGGGAGUUGACUUGCCUUCGAACUUUAAAAGAAUUCAAGGUGGGUCCAUCUAACAGGUUAAGUGAAUUGAAAGAUCUAAACAAUUUAAGGGGGAAGCUGUUAAUUGAACUACCGAGGAUGGAUUUAAGGAGAGAUCAAUCAAUUGAAGUACCGAGGAGGCCAAGAUUAAAAGAAGCAGAGGAAGCAAACUUGAAAGAGAAACAACACCUUCAGUCUUUGAGAUUUGAUUUUGGCAACUUUAUUUAUAUUGAUGAUGAUGAUGGUGAGUUAAAGUCAGUGUUGGAAGCUCUCCGGCCACACACAAAUUUGAAAAUGCUUGAAAUAACAGGGUAUCGGGGUGUGAGAUUACCAACAUGGAUGUCCUUCCUCCUGAAUCUUGUUCAAAUUUAUUUACAUAAUUGCAACGGAUGCAAAAAUCUUCCAAAAUUCGAGCAGCGUCCUUGUCUCCAAAGUCUUCGUCUUGUUGACUUAGAUUCGGUAGAGUACAUAGAUGACAACAGUUGUGGUGGUGUUAAUGAUGAGUCCUCCUCUUUUUCUCCAUCUUCUUCAACAACAACAGCAUUCUUUCCAUCACUGAAAUAUCUCCAACUCAAGGACAUCUCUAAUUUGAAGGGAUGGUGGAGGAGUAAAUUAGGAGAAGAUGAAGAACAAUCAACAGCAAACAAUCAAGAAGAGCAGCAGCUAUUAUCACACCCAUCAUUUCCUUGUCUUGUUGAAUCAAAUAUCUCCUACUGCCCUCAGCUAACAUCAAUGCCUCUGCAACCAACUGUUGUAAAACUAAUAUUUCAGAGUCAGCGGGAAGUUCGUCCAACAGCAGUUACUGACGAUGGCAAAGGAAACCCCAACUACUGUUGCAACCUCAUCUUCUUCACUCAUUCCUCUUUCCAACUUGGAGGAACUGUCAAUAUCUUCCACUGGGGAUCUAGUUACUCUGCCGGAGGAGGCAUUCCCACUUCUCACUUCUCUACUAAGACUAGAGAUUGCAGGGUGUCCAAAACUAACCUCUCUGUCCAGAGGGAUGAGGCAUCUCAUCACCCUCAUGUCCCUGGAGAUCCUGUCCUGCCCAGAGUUGGAUUUGUCAGAUGA